CUCGGCGUGGCUGGUGGCCUCGCGGUGGGUGCAUUGGGAGGCGCGCUUAUCGCCAAUGUUCUAGAUUCCGAUUCGGACUCUGAUCAUCACGAGCACCAUUACGAGCGUCGUUCUUCGUCUGGAUCCUCGGACCAUUAUCGAGGUCGUGAUGAUAGCGAUCGAGGGUCUGAUAGGGGGGAUUACGAGGAGGGCGGCGACUACUACGAUGAUUAGGUUGAUCGAGUGCCGCCGUCUGGGCCUCAACUGUGCCUGGAGGAAGACGAUGAGCAAGGGGUCCAGGAGCAGACUCAGAGGGGUCCAGAGGAGUAUCGGGACGAUGGCGACGAUGAUCAUCUCGUGUACACCACCGGGUAUGGCGAGGUUGUUUAUGAUGAUAUGCAGGGCGCUGAUGAUGCCGGCAUCGACUUGGACCGUGGUAUCGUGCACACCACCGGAUAUGCUGAAGUCACCCACGACGAUGAGCCGGGUGCCUACGAGGACCAGGUUGUGCACUCCACCGGGUAUGGCGAGGUUGUCUAUGAUGAUGAGCCGGGCGCUGACGAGGUUCGAAACGACGAUGACUAUGCUGGUAACGCUUUUGAUGACGGGUUUGCUGACGACGGACAUGGCGAUGGUGACGAUUACGACGAUGGUCAUGGCGGCGAUGACUACGGAUAUGGCGACGACUAUUAUGACGAUUAGGUUGGUCGAGGAUGGAUCAUUACUGAGAGUUGCCUUCCAUCUAGAGGAAUUAUGGGGCGUAUGCUGCUGAGCAUGCAUUUUACGUUCUAGGCUUCAAUAGAAAGCAUGACAAGAGGUUCCUCCAUUUCGCUAU